CAUAAUAUCAAAUCAAACAAAAUUAGUAGUAGCUAAACUGUAGAAUGGCUUACUAUAUAACCGUUACAAACAGAUAAUAGCACUUAAGCCGGGAACACACGAAAAAACUUAAGCAUUAAGCAAAUCAAUCAAUCCCAACCCGACAUUUUUUUGAACGUAGCUUACAUUUGAGAAAAAUGUCGGCCUGUGAUUGGUUGAUUUACUUAAUGUUCAAGUUAACUACUUAAGUUUUUUCGUGUGUUCCUAGCUUUAGUCGCAUGUUUACAUCAAAGGUUUGUUGUAAAUUAUCGACGGAACAAUUGCGGUGAAUCGCGGCCAUUUGCAUUCGUAGGACGAAUCACUAUCUGAAUGUAGAACAAAUUAUUUCGAUUGACAUACGCGCAGUUUGCCGUGUGAUUGUGAUUCUUGUUUGUAAAAUGCCAAGAGCGAAUGAUGAUGUUUCAAGAAUUGUGUGCGAAAAUACAAUUCAGGAAAAUGAAAGGAGACUAUUGGAAGCGCGAAUUAAGAAUCAGGGAAAGGGCUUAAGAAAACAAGAUCUGAACAAACUGUUCAUCAAACUCAAUCAAGCUGUGGAGACGAACUCGGAAGAAUCUUCAGAGAAAUCGAGCCUAUCCUGGUACAAUAGAAAUGCUGGAAGUUGCUGGUAUGGUCCAGUUCCAGGAUUUCCAUCUGGAUCCUGGUGGGGCAUACGCAUGGACUGUUCCAGAGACCGUGUGCACAUUCCCUUCAAUGCUGAUAUACAUGAAGGUUCUUUUGGUAUUAUCUCUGUUUGUACCUCGCACACUAACAUGAAAGAGGAUGUGGAUUUUGGCAAUUUUCUCACUCUCACUGGCCAAGUAUACCACGGAGAGAGAUCCAAAGUGGAUUGUUUCAUUUACAAUUACAAGAACCAGAUACCAUUGAGAUUAAUCAGAAGUUACAACUUACAAAACAACAUUGCUCCUAAUACAGGAUACAGAUAUGACGGGCUGUAUGUAGUCAUAGGUUGUUGGAUAGGUGUUACUUCAAAUGGAACUAAGUACAACAAAUAUGCUCUAAUGCGUUUAGCCAGUCAGGAAUUACCAAGCUGGAGUGUCAAGCACUCAGAGGAUACAUGGUCCAUGCAACAUAAUAAUUCAAACGCCUGUAAUCUAAAAACAGAUGCGUGUAACACUAUUAGUAUUUGUAAAAAACGACAACGUGAUUAUAAUUCUGAGAGUCUGUCUGUAACGAUUCCAAUAACCAAUAACAAUAACAAGUUUAUGUCUGAAAGUUCUAUUGUAACACGUCACGUCUUUAAGAAAUCAGCGAGCAACGUAGACAGUGCGAUAUCAGUUUCAGUAUCUGAUCAAAAGACAUUAACUUGUCUUGGUGUCACUAAAACUCAUAGUACAAACAUCUCGAUACGUACGGGCCUGUAUGAAUCGGCACAUAACGCGCCGGAGAUGAAAAAAAGCGUCUCGACGAUGUUACACAAAUCGUCCAAGCAGAACGAUGUCGCUCUUCGCACGACAUCAGAAGUAAACAGUGGUUGCUUGACAUCGAGAGAAAGCAGCAAGUUUAUUGGGAAGAUAAAUACAAAUAAUGCUGAUCAAUCUUCAGAUACAGAUGUCUUAUCCACCGAUAACUCGAACGGGAGCGUUUUUCUGAACAAUAAACAUAAAAGAAAGUUAUGCUCAGAAGCUAUACACUGGUUAGAAACUUCACUUCCGUCAUCUUCGUCUUUAAAUAGUCCCGUUAAUGAUAUAAUCGAUUGCAAGAAAGAAUGUAAAGAACAAUUGUCGACUGUACAGAAAUCAAAUAAUAAAACUUUGAGAAAUUCGGCGAUAUUGAACGAAAGUAAUUCUAAAUACUGUGAUACUUGGAAGAGUGAUCCAAUUUCUUUGCAAAAUGUAAAAUCUUUUGAAUCUUUAACACCAGACAAAAUUUUGAAUUUGAUCAACAAAGAAAAGCAUCAUCCUCUGUCCAAGUUAUUGAUCGGUAAUGUGAUUGGAUUAACGGUUGAAGAACUUAUGAAAUCAACCGCGUCGGAAGUGAGCGGUCCGAAUCUGGAAAGUGAAAUUUCGCCCAAGAUAAAUCUAAGAAAAAUAAGUAAAGGCAAAGACAAUGUAAGAGAGAAUGUCGUAUGUUUAAACAAUAAGAGAUACUGUAAAUAUUCCAAAUCGAAAAGAUUAUCUUUGAAAGUAAAAAAACAAACGGAUGAAUUCAAUAACAUGCAACUUGGUGUGGAACGUCAGUCCUGCAAUAAUCAGAAACGUAAUACCAAUACGAGAAGAAGCGAUCGAAACGCUAUAUCUGAAGGAAACGGUUUAUUGCCAUUCCGCGUCAGACAAACGUCGCUUCAAACCAUUGCAAAAAGUACUCGCAGCUCGUGUGAGAUAAAAACACGUCUGAGAACUGAUAGAGACACGUUAAUAGCAAAGCGGAAAUUCCCGAACUCGUCAAUUAAGAAGAACAGAUACAAGAAACAAGAUAGAGAGAUCGCGAAUUUGUCGAUAGACGCUAAUUUUGGCCCUAUAACACGCGGGCCUAGAAACCGGAGAUUGCGAUAUAAAGCCAGUAUGUAUACAAACAAGAGAUAUUAUAGCACCUUCAAUGCCGUAAUAUAUCCGCCUAAAAAGCGACACAAUUUCAAACGUAAGACCAAACUGACCAAAGUCUCCAGAGAAAAGAAUGCCAAGGCGACAUACAGAGUAUCGAAUAUUCUGCAUACAACUGGCAAGAAUAUUAACAAUUCGAUCAAAAAACGAAAAACUUUUUGCAAUAUUACUGAGAAUGAAAGUAACAAUAAUACCGGCGAUAGAAAUAGAGAAAAUAGAACCGUAGUGCCUGUUGACAACAUCUCUAAGACUUCUCUUGAUCGGAGUUUUCGAAAGAAAAUGAUGCGAACACAUCGGUCCGCUCAAACGUCGCAUUUAAAUAACCACUUUCAUCAAAAACAGAUGAAAAGAUCUAAAAUGGCAGACGCGACAACGCAGUGCAGACUCACGUCAGAUCCGGAAGUUUAUAUUAUUGGACAAGUGGACGACCAAAGAACUAUUUUAAAAAUGGAAUGGGAUAAAUUGCCGAAAUUUAAGUCGGAAUCUGUAUGCGGCAUCGUCCUCAAUAAUCCAGAGAUUUAUCAAAAUCCGAGGUUUUGUUUCACAUCUGCGAAAGAUGGUGCAUGUCAUGACGAACAUGUGAAUUCUCUGCAGGACAGACCAUCCGCUUUCGUGCCUGUAAACGCAUCCAACAGUAAUCUGCGGAUCGCGCGACUUAGAUCGAUCGGUUUCAAACCUAUAAUUAAGCCACGAUCUCCGAUCCACGAUACAGAGAUUAUUCGGAACGAUCUUAUAACUAUGAAUAAAAAAACAAAACGGGAUGUUACCGAGAAGUGCAAUGACGAAAAUAACGUCGUUUUUGCGGAAGAUACAUUGCAAUAUCAGGAUAUUGAAAAGGAAGAUGAGGAAAGUGCCCUAAUAGCGAAUAUAUUGAUGAAAUCGACACCAAAACCCAUACAAGAUGAAGCUUUAUUUUUGUUACCUUCGUGCAAAAAUUUGGAAUCUCCUUGGCACGGUUGGAAAAAAAUUGAAACGGACAAACGUUCGUACUGGAUCGGCUGGUAGUUGAUUUUUGUACAACCGUAAAUCUGUAUGAGAUAAUUUUGUUGACGCAAUUAGAAGAGAAUAACUCAUUUUAUCUAAUAUAAUUUACAAUAUUAUAUUGUAUAUCUUUAUGUUUUGCCAAAAAAAUUUAAAGGCUGUUUUUUAGUAAUAUUCUAAAUUAUUUUUCUAACGGUAGUAAUAUAAUAUAUUGGAAUUGAGACUAACAUGGUUUUAAAAAAGUACCAGCAAAUUAAGUAUCACCUGUAUUAUAUAAUUAAAGUUUUCUUUUAAAAUAUAUAUGUAUACAUAUGUAUGUAAAUUGUGUAUGUAUAUUUCCUCUACACAAGUUUGAGAUAUAUUAUUAACAGAUGUGUUUUUUUUCUUACUCUCUUGUAAAUAAAUAAUAUUCUAUUUAUAUAGCAUAUUGUCUCUUAUCUUUAUUAUAUAUGACAUGUAAUAGGACAAUAAAAUUUGUUCAUAGAUUUACAUUUUUGUUCUCUUCUUUUUGUUCAUAAACGAUGAUGACAGAUUCCGGCAUUAAAGUGCUAUCAUAUAAAAUAGAUUUUUGUUCAUCACACGGUCACAGUCGUCUAUUAUACUUUAAAAAAGAUCUAAAUAUUUAUACAAAUAUGUUGCGCACGAAAGACACCAAAUAUCAAAUAUUUAUUUUUAUUCGUAUAUGACACAAAAUACUCAUAAAUUGUUCUUUCUCUUUUACACGCGCAUAAUAUAAGUAAGUAGUUAUUAUCGCGUUCUUCCUUUUAUAUAUCUUUUACGUAUUUUUCGAAAGAGAAAAAAGAGACUUCUACUUUUGAAAGAAAAUAUCAAAUUUUUA